AGACAUGAUCAUGCAAUGCUGAAGGAGACCCAUGAUGGAAAUGGUCAAUAACAGCAGUUUCCACCCGGAGUAUUUUAUUCUGAUUGGAAUUCCUGGCCUUGAGGAAUAUCAUUUUCUCCUUUCCACCCCGUUCUGCUGCAUGUAUGUCCUCACUCUCCUUGGCAACUCCCUUUUGUUAUUUGUCAUUGGAACCAACGAGAAACUUCACCAACCCAUGUACAUCUUCCUUAUGAUGCUGUCAGCCACGGAUCUCCUGCUCUGCUCUUCUGCUGUACCCAAAGCCCUCAGCAUCUUCUGGUUUAAGUCCCAUGAAAUAGUGUUUAGUGGCUGCCUUCUCCAAGUCUUCUUCAUUCACUACCUCUUUGUCAUAGAGUCUUCUGUUCUUCUAACCAUGGCUUAUGACCGAUAUAUUGCAAUCUGCUCACCAUUAACAUACAAGUCCACCGUUACCAACUCAUUCAUUGUAAAAACUGCUCUGCUCUCAGUGACCAGGGCCUUCUGCAUAAUAACGCCCCUGGUGGUUCUCCUUAACCGGCUACCAUAUGAGCAUAGCAAUGUGAUAGGCCACACUUACUGUGAACAUAUGGCAGUAGCUAAGCUGGCCACAGCAGAUACCUUGGUAAAUAGUGUCUAUGGUCUUGUAGCUGCGUUCUCCUCAACAGGCAUAGAUAUGAUCAUUAUUGCUUCAUCCUAUGUGGUUAUUUUUAGGGCUGUCUUGAGACUCCCUGCCUCAGAAGAUCGAUUUAAGGCCUUCAACACAUGUGGUUCUCACCUGUGUGUCAUAACAAUGUUCUACAUUCCAGCUUUCUUUUCAUUCAUUGCUCACCGGGUGGGAAAAGACAAAAUACCUCCAAGUGCUCACAUCCUGUUGGCCAACCUCUAUGUCCUUGUGCCUCCAAUGAUGAAUCCAAUCAUCUAUGGUGUUCGAACAACAGAUAUUAGACAAAAAGUUCUGAGCAUGUUCUGUAAAAAAUGGGACAGAGAUAAACACCUUGGUAAGUCUGGGUUGCUUGAAGCAUAA